AUGGGUUUAUUCACCCCAGAGAAUGUGGCCUCCCUUAACGGGGUGGCGGCCAAGGGAGCGACCGAGCGACUGUAUGGCCUUGGGAGCGUACUUCUCGGCGGCCUCGUCAUCUACUAUAUCGGCCUGUCCGUGUAUCGGCUCUACUUUCACCCACUCGCCAAAAUUCCUGGUCCGCCCCUCAUGGCCAUCAGCGACGUGCCAUUUCAGUUCCAAUGCUACGUGCAAGGCAUUUUUGCGAAGCGUGCAGUGUCGAUCCAUGCCAAGUACGGCAAUAUCGUACGAGUAGGUCCCGACCGGCUGGCGGUCGACGCCUCCGUGGGCUGGACCGACAUAUACGCACACCGCCAGGGAGGCACCGAGACCGAGUUCGUAAAAGUCGAGGGUUUCUUCGGACCACCUCCGAAUCCCUCUAUGAUCGCGGCCCCGACGCGCGAAGAACACCGCCGGCAGCGCCGCGCGCUCGCCCACGCCUUUAGCGACGCGGCAAUGCAUGAGCAGGAGCCUAUCAUCACGUAUUACGUGGACCUGUUGAUCCGGCGCCUCUCCGAAGAAGCGCAAAGCGGCUCUUACCCGGAUCUCGUCAAAUGGUUCAACUACGUCAGCUUUGACAUCAUUGGGGACCUGGCCUUGUCAGACUCCUUUAGAGCCCUCGAGAGCGGCAAGGGGCACCCCUGGAUCACAAGCCUGUUCAAGAGCGUCAAGGGGGGUUCGUAUAAUCGCGCCCUCGCCGCCACCAUGCCGCUUCUCCUGCCGCUCGCCGGGCUCGAUUUGACAGGCGCCAUCAAGGCGUUCUUCUACACCCGCAACUACGCCUUCGAAAAGGCCAGAGCGCGCAUGGCCAAGGGAGCAGAUUACGGCAAGACGGACCUGAUUGGCGCCGACGGCAACCCAGUGGUCAGGCGAGACUUUAUUGGCUACAUGAUGCGCGAGAACACGGACAAGCAGCGCCUGACCCCAGCUGAGAUCGAGUUCAACGCCGAAACGCUCGUCAUCGCCGGCAGCGAGACGGCGGCCACAUGCAUGGCGACGCUUGCCUACUGUUUGAACCUGCCUGAAAAUCGCCAGUGGCUUGAUGCCGUCGUUUCCGAGGUUCGUGGCCACUUCAAGCGCGAGGCAGAUGUCCAGUUGAACUCGGUCGGAGCCAGUAUGCUGCCAAUCCUGCACGCCUGCAUCGAGGAGGCGCUUCGCAUCCACACGCCGGGCGCCGAGGUCCCACCGCGCGUCUCACCUGGCGCCGUUGUCGGCGGAAAAUAUAUUCCCAAGGAUACCAUCUUACACGUGUUCCAGGGUGCCACGUACCUCAACCCCGAGCACUUCCUCGAGGCUGACAAGUUCCGGCCGCAACGCUUCCUUUCCCCGAGCCAUCCCCUGUACGAGCCCCGUUUCGCCAAGGACAACAUGGCCGUCUUCAAGCCCUUCAGCUACGGCCCGCGCGACUGCAUCGGCAAGAACCUCGCGUACACCGAAAUGCGCCUGAUCUUGGCCAGGAUGUUCCUCCGUUUUGACUUUGUCGACGUGCACCCCAGCUUCGAGAACUGGUUGACGGACCAGCGCUGCUAUUCCGUUUGGGAGAAGUCGCCCCUGAUGAUAAAGAUCCGUGAGAGGACCGAUCUGGAGCUCAAGGCAUGA